AGGUAUCCGCGUGAACCUGGCUGGCGGCUUGCUGCUUUUGCAGGAAGCGAGCGAGUGGCCGUGUUUGAAACCUUCACUGUCUAAACUUUGGGUGCCUUUGUUUUAUUAUUUAAUAAUUAUUUACAGGGUUCUCGGGUCCCCUAAUUUAUAUUUGACGCGACACACCCACGCAGCCAUCGUAACUUAACUUCAACAAUGUCUGGCAUCGCCAUAGCCCGUCUCUCAGAAGAACGGAAGGCCUGGAGAAAAGACCACCCUUUCGGUUUUGUGGCGAGGCCAACAAAGAACAACGACGGUACCCUGAACCUUCUCAACUGGGAGUGUGCCAUUCCUGGAAAGACCGGGACCCCGUGGGAGGGUGGCCUUUACAAGCUGCGGAUGGUGUUCAAGGACGACUACCCUUCCACGCCGCCAAAGUGCAAGUUCGAGCCCCCGCUGUUCCACCCCAACGUGUACCCGUCAGGAACGGUGUGUCUCUCGUUGCUGGAUGAGGAGAAGGACUGGAGACCGGCCAUCACCAUCAAACAGAUCCUGCUCGGAGUCCAAGACCUGCUCAACGAACCCAACGUCAAAGAUCCCGCGCAGGCCGAGGCGUACACAAUCUACUGUCAAAAUGCCCUGGAGUACGAGAAACGCAUCAGAGCACAGGCAAAAUCCAUGGCUUCUGCAGAAUGAAGGAACUUUCAUUUCUCCCAUGUCAUCUGUGCCCGUCUUGCACGUUUCUUUAUUAUUUUUUUUUAAUCUCACAGAUGGUCAGUUUCAUCACCCAAAACAGAUGAAAAGAAAUUUUAUUUUCUGAAUUAGGUCAGCCUUAUAUCUUCAUUUUCCUUUCUGUUUUUCUAUCGAAGAUAAUGAAAUGUUGGUGGCUGAAGUCCGCAACUGCUGGCGGACGACGACGCCGGCAGGUUGCAAAAGUUUUAUGGAAAGUUGGCUACCCUGGGUCGGAGGGGUUUUCUGGAGACUAGAGGGCCCCGAUGGUAUUGUCCUGUCUAGUUUGGCGAAUGUCUGUGGUCUCUACGUUGUAAAUAAAAACCACUUUUUGAUG